UAUGUGGAUGGAUUAAAGUGUGGAUUCCCAUCGGACGGGUUAUCGACUGUUACAUACAAAUGGUGGGGUAGCAGCUCCGAGGGAAGAAAUGAUGCCAAAGAUCGAGGAGAAAGCAUAGAAGGUAAAUUUCAAGCUGAUACGAAUGGAGAUGACAUGAAACAAGAAGAUGGAACUGCCGGUGAUGAAUUUGCCUCCGUAAGACCAGAUUCGUUGGUAGCUGUCAGGAAGAGAGUAGCAGAAGAAGGAAGAGAAGCUGAUAAACUAUGCCUGGACCGAGGAUUUGGUUCGAAGGAACUUAACAGGAGAGAUCAAGCUCUCCUCUCCCAGGUAUUCAAAUCUCCACUGCCAAAGGAUUGGGUGAGUAGCUCUUGAUGGAACUCUGUUAAAGGUUAAAGCUUUUGAUGGAACUCUGUUCAAAGCUAAUUGCUUUUAUAGGUUAGAGAACAUGAAUUCAUUGUUAAAACUUAAAAGGGUGAAGCUCUAAGCUUGUGAUGGAACUCCGCUCAAAGCUAAUUGCUUUGCUUCCCAAAGACCAUGCUCUCUAUAUCU